AUAGUUUUGUUUGCUGUCUCGUAGAGAUUGUAAACAAUAUGGCGAACGAAGCUGCAGCCGACAAACGAAUUCACUCAGUGACAAAUUGCUUUUCACGAUAUUUGUGAAGAAAGUAUAAAAGAAGCCUGAUUAAAAGUGGGAUUGGAUUUGACUUUAUGCUUUGUUACGUGAAAAAGCAAGAUCACUUUUGUAAAUCAGGCUGUAGCUAUUUAUUUUAAUACUUUCACUUGUGACGUGACUUGGAAUUGUACCACGGCGACCGAACAUUGCCCGGCCUUGUUUGAUUCGAAGCUGGGAGGUAUUUCUAAUCUAAAUAAAACCCCGACUCAACAACAAGAAGUAGUAUCCUCUUCUGGACCGCCCCAGUGCAAUAACUGGCAAAGAUGUCAAUACUCAGCGAUGACAAUUUUUCUAUGUCUGCUGAUAAGUACCUCGCCAAACACAAUAUACUGGCGUAUCUCGAGGACAGCAUCACACAGCUGCUAGAGCACAGAGAGGAAAAUCCCAAGGUCGUCCCUGCCAAGUUUCUGUGUGAAUAUUUCUGCAGUCUUCGAGAUGGCAACCACACGAUGUUCCGAGAGUUUAGCUUCAUCCGGAGUACACCUCAUAACCGAGCAUCCUUUGUGGUGUUGUUCUGGAAAUGUUUCCGGCAGAUUGGGAAGAAAGGAGAUUUGCUGAGCAUCCAAGAGUAUCACUCUCUGCUUGGUCUUCUGUGCCCGGAUUUCCCAUUUCAACUUGUCCAGAAGACAGCCAGAAUUGUGCUCAUUGAUGACGCCCUAGACUGCCUCAUCUCCUUCCCCGACUUCAUCUACGCCUUCCAAGUCCAGUUCUUUUACGAAGAGUUCUUGGAGAAAAGUGUGGAGAUCUACCGCGGCCUCCUCCAGACAAUGCAGAGUCCCCGGGACCCUGUCAUCGUGCCGACGUCCGGGGAAAGAGACGCCAAAGUCCAUCAGAGCCCUCACAUAGCGGCAGACGGCGUCGACGCGAUGCAGUUCUUCCGAUCCAUUUACCCCCUGCUGGACAGAGUUGACUACAGCACCCCACCACUCAGCUCACUGAAGGAGAUUCUCUUCAAUCUGCCGCGGAUUUCCUUCUACGAGUUCCUGAUGUCCAUAGCAAAGUCGGACUCCAUAAACGCUCACAUAGGUCGGUUACCCAGCAAGGCAGACUUACUCGAGGGAGCGGACGCAGAGCUAAGCUCAAAACCUGGGAAGACCCCGCGG